AUGACCAGCACCUCGCACAGCACCACUCCAACCAAUGAGACCCCAGCCAGGCCGAAAACCGUCGAUGGCCAGGAGGCCUUCAGAAACGGGCCUCACGUCCAGAGUGACACUCCACAAGCGUUGGCCGAGGUAGGCUUUGUUCCUCUGCUAGACAAUCAAGGCGUUGAGAUCCUUCUUGCCCCCUUUCACCCACCCUUUCAAAAGCCGCUGCUGAUUCUGAUUUUGGGUAACCACCAGUACAGCGAAUACCUCGGUCGGUGCAUUGCCGUAGCUGACAGCGAGGCCGCCACUGCGGAGCAGCAGCAGCAGCAGGAGCAGCAGACAGGGAAGAAGCGGAAAUGGGCAUGUGCUCACAAAAAGUCAUGA